CUCCACGGCCACAAUUAAAACUUCAGAACAGAGCAUGGAAAGACUGAAGGGAAAUGACACAGCGCAAGCACAAUGGGUCGCCUUCACCUCCCCCUUCCCCUGCCCCUUCCCCAGUUCCCCUUCCGCUUCCCCUUCCCCUUCCCCUGUCCAUGACAUUACACGCCCAAAUAUCAAACCCAAAGAACUCUUCUUCGCUCUUGCUCCGGGUCUCUCUUACCAGCCCCUUUGAUGGCUACUUCACACUUCACUCCUUCCACCACGAUCACUGCUUGAAAUCCUCUCUUCUCACACCGGCAGAGGAUUUGGGUUCAUGGGGGGGUUUCUCCGCCGCUGAAAUCGACAAGGACGGAGAAUUUCCAAGAAAAACAAAGAUUUAGAGAAGACCCAGUUAUGGCUUCCGGAAGCAGGGCAACACAAUCGCACUCGAACUCCCACUACAAUCAUCCUCAAUCUUCAGCAGCUCACCAUGCGGAUUCCAUCAGCAAAGCCGUCGCACAAUUCACCGCUGACGCCCGCCUCCACGCCGUCUUUGAACAGUCCGGCGAGUCCGGUAGGUCCUUCAAUUACUCCCAGUCCGUAAAAACCCGUUCCCAAUCCGUCUCCGAACACCAAAUUACGGCCUACUUGUCCAAAAUCCAGAGGGGCGGUCAAAUCCAGCCCUUCGGCUGUACGAUCGCCGCCGACGACAGCACUUUCAGGGUCGUCGCCUUCAGCGAAAACGCCAGAGAAAUGCUGGGUUUAAACCCCCAAUCCGUUCCCAGUCUCGAACAUCUCGAGAUUCUCACAAUUGGGACCGAUGUUCGCACGAUUUUUACUACGUCAAGUAGGGUUUUGCUCGAAAAGGCCUUUGGGGCUCGGGAAAUCACCUUGUUGAAUCCAAUUUGGAUUCAUUCCAGCAGUUCUGGAAAACCUUUUUACGCGAUUUUGCAUAGGAUUGAUGUGGGGAUUGUAAUUGAUUUGGAGCCUGCGAGGACAGAGGACCCUGCCAUGUCCAUUGCAGGGGCCGUACAGUCGCAGAAGCUUGCAGUCCGUGCAAUUUCACGGCUGCAAUCGCUUCCAGGCGGUGACGUCAGGCUGUUGUGCGAUACUGUGGUUGAGAGUGUGAGGGAGCUUACGGGUUAUGAUCGGGUUAUGGUGUAUAAGUUUCAUGAAGACGAGCAUGGUGAGGUUGUAGCUGAAAGCAAGAGAGAAGAUUUGGAGCCUUAUAUUGGAUUGCAUUAUCCUGCCACGGAUAUUCCACAGGCAUCGAGAUUUUUGUUCAAGCAGAAUCGAGUUAGGAUGAUUGUGGACUGCCAUGCCACUGCAGUUAGGAUAAUUCAGGAUGAAGGGCUUAUGCAGCCUCUGUGCUUGGUUGGUUCAACACUUCGGGCUCCUCAUGGCUGCCACGCUCAGUAUAUGGCAAACAUGGGCUCAAUUGCCUCUUUAGCCAUGGCAGUUAUCAUUAAUGGAAAUGAGGAGGAGGGUAUUGGUGGGCGAAACCUGACGAGGCUUUGGGGCUUGGUUGUUUGCCAUCACACUUCUGCUAGGUGUAUUGCAUUCCCUCUCCGUCAUGCAUGUGAGUUCUUAAUGCAGGCAUUUGGGCUUCAGUUGAACAUGGAAUUGCAGUUGGCAUCACAGUUAUCAGAAAAACAUGUUUUAAGGACCCAAACUCUCUUGUGUGAUAUGCUUCUUCGUGACUCUCCUACUGGGAUUGUGACCCAAAGCCCUAGCAUAAUGGACCUUGUGAAGUGUGAUGGGGCUGCGCUCUACUACCAUGGGAACUAUUACCCGCUUGGUGUGUCCCCAUCUGAAUCCCAGAUAAAGGAUAUUGUGGGGUGGUUGUUGGCCUUCCACCGGGACUCAACUGGUUUGAGUACAGAUAGUCUGGCUGAUGCCGGAUACCCAGGAGCAGCCUCACUUGGUGAUGCGGUUUGUGGGAUGGCUGUUGCUUAUAUCACUUCAAAGGAUUUUCUAUUCUGGUUCAGGUCCCACACAGCUAAAGAGAUCAAGUGGGGUGGUGCAAAACAUCACCCAGAAGACAAAGAUGAUGGGCAGAGGAUGCAUCCUCGUUCUUCGUUCAAGGCAUUUUUGGAGGUGGUAAAGAGCCGAAGUUUGCUGUGGGAGAAUGCAGAAAUGGAUGCUAUUCAUUCUUUGCAGCUUAUUCUGCGAGACUCUUUCAGAGGUGCUGAGGGAAGCAGUUCUAAGGCUGUUAUACAAGCCCAGCCAGGGGAUGUAGAGUUGCCAGGGAUGGAUGAGCUCAGCUCUGUUGCAAGGGAAAUGGUAAGGUUGAUAGAGACUGCAACAGCACCCAUAUUUGCUGUAGAUGUUAAUGGUUGCAUAAAUGGCUGGAAUGCAAAGGUCGCGGAGUUGACAGGGCUUUCAGUUGAGGAAGCUAUGGGAAAGUCCUUGGUUCAUGAUCUUGUUUAUAAGGAAUCUGAAGAGAUAGUCGAUAAGCUUCUUUAUCGUGCUUUGAGAGGUGAAGAAGAUAGGAAUGUAGAGAUAAAAUUGAGGACAUUUGGCUUAGAGCAAGACAAGAAAGCUGUUUUUGUUGUGGUCAAUGCCUGCUCUAGCAAGGAUUACACAAAUAAUAUAGUUGGGGUAUGCUUUGUUGGUCAGGAUGUCACUGGGCAGAAAGUGGUGAUGGACAAAUUCAUCCACAUUCAGGGUGAUUACAAGGCCAUAGUACACAGUCCAAAUCCUUUGAUUCCUCCUAUAUUUGCAUCGGAUGAGAAUAUGUGUUGCUCUGAGUGGAACACUGCCAUGGAAAAGCUCACUGGGUGGGCCAGAGGGGAUGUCCUUGGAAAGAUGUUGGUUGGGGAGGUUUUUGGAAGUUGCUGUCGGCUCAAAGGCCCAGAUGUUUUGACAAAUUUUAUGAUUGUUUUGCAUAAUGCAAUUGGGGGGCAAGACACAGAAAAGUUUCCCUUUUCUUUUUUCCACCGGAAUGGGAAGUUUGUGCAAGCUCUCUUGACGGCAAAUAAAAGAGUUGACAUGGAUGGCCAGAUUACUGGGGCCUUCUGCUUCCUGCAGAUUGCAAGUCCUGAAUUGCAGCAAGCUUUGAAAGUCCAAAGGCAGCAGGAGAAGAAAUGCUUUGCAAGGAUGAAAGAGUUAGCUUAUAUUUGUCAGGAAAUAAAGAACCCCUUAAGUGGUAUACGCUUUACCAACUCACUUUUGGAGGCUACGGAUUUAUCUGAAGAUCAAAAGCAGUUUCUCGAGACAAGUGCGGCUUGUGAGAAGCAGAUGUCAAUGAUUAUAAGGGAUGUUGAUGCAGACAGCAUUGAAGAUGGUUCACUGGAGCUUCAAAAAGGUGAAUUCUUACUUGGGAGUGUCAUAAAUGCUGUUGUUAGCCAAGUAAUGAAAUUGCUGAGGGAGCGAGGUUUACAAUUAAUCCGGGAUAUUCCAGAGGAAAUAAAGACACUGGCUGUUUAUGGGGAUCAAGUGAGAAUUCAACAGGUCUUGGCUGGUUUUUUGUUGAAUAUGGUGCGCUGUGCUCCAUCUCCUGAAGGCUGGGUAGAAAUCCAAGUUAGACCAAAAUUAAAGCAAAUUGUUGAAGGAAGUAUGACUGUGCAUAUUGAGUUCAGGAUUGUAUGUGCCGGGGAAGGGCUUCCUCCUAAUCUGGUUCAAGACAUGUUUCACAGCAGUCGAUGGGUUACUCAGGAAGGCUUAGGGCUGAGCAUGUGCAGAAAGAUCUUAAAGCUUAUGACUGGUGAAGUCCAAUACAUUAGAGAGUCCGAAAGAUGCUAUUUCCUAAUUACCCUUGAACUUCCAGUGCCAGGAAGAGGCUCAAAGAGUGUUAACUAGGCUAACUAUGUUGAAGACUCGCUGAACUUUGUACCCUCCUCAAAUUAACCCGAGGUAUCUCAUCCCAACUUUGGCCAAGGAUGUUUGGCAUAAACCCACUUACAUCACAGGGUUCCAAAUACAAGAGGUGGGCGAUAUCUGCCUAAUGAGCGCCUUGUACAAUGCUUGUGACAAGUGCUGAGUCAUGCUUACGUUUUUGUCAGUACCAGUUGGAAUGUACCUAUCUACUCUUGUACAUAGGAUUAGCUGGGUAAAAACUUGUGUAACUCCUGCAUCAUAUCUGACAGGACUAUGCCCGACCCCGGUGCCAUGGUGCCCUAACCAGCGUUGUCCUUAAAGAGGGGCAAGUGGGGGACUUAAUGGGAGAACGCUGGCAAGGUUGUGUGGAUAGCAGGAUGGAAUUGGAAACAUCAGCAUCACACCCCGCCAAAGCAUGUAUUCCAAAUCCAAAUGUAUUGUUUGUGUCAUAUAUUUUCCAUUUCCAACAAUAACUUGAAUAUUUGGUAUUACUUGGAACACUGCCUUAGAAUCUGGAAUCCCCCACCCUUCUUUUUUAAUGCUUUUCCUUUUGUUCUUUCUUUGAUUGUAUAAUACAACAAAUUGUGCUGCCUGACAGUCAAAAUACAGCAAAUUGCCCAGCUGUAUAAAUUCUGACAGUGUAAUCUAUAUUCCCCCCUCUCUCAUCCAUAUUCCCCUCUCUCUCCAUAAGACCUGCUUUAUGAUUUGGUUAUAAAAUCUAGAUACUUUGAUUACA